AUGGGAAAGGUUGCCGAGCUAUCCAGUGCGUCCAAGAACAUCAUUGUGCGACUGCGCAACAGGGGUACGUCUUAUUCCAACAUUGCAAAUGCUGUUGGGACCUCGAAGUCGACCGUUUACUUCACCUUGAAGAACUAUCGGACUCGAGGCAGCACUGGCAGUCUUCCCCGCAGUGGUCGACCACGUGUGACGACGGGCAGAGUGGAUAAAGUCAUACGACGCAUGUCGGUCUCCAACCCUCGUCUCACUGCGUGCUAUGACUUGCGCUUCCCAGAAAUGUCAUUGGCAUUGAGGGAGAGAGGAGCAGAGAUCCUGACUUUCCCAUCAGCCUUCACUGUCUCAACAGGUUUGGCCCAUUGGGAAGUACUUCUCAGGGCCAGGGCCAUUGAGACUCAAUGCUAUGUCAUUGCUGCAGCGCAGACUGGAAUCCACAAUUCCAAUCGCUCCUCAUAUGGCCAUGCUAUGAUUGUGGAUCCAUGGGGAAGAGUGAUUGCACAAUGUCGUGAGGGGACAGAUGUGGCAGUUGCCAAAGUUGAUCUAGAAUAUCUAAGGAAGAUCCGCCAAGAAAUGCCGGUUCAUUCACACCGAAGACCAGAUGUCUAUUCCCUUCCUUGUGGUCAUCUCCAGUCAUUUCCUAGAGAUGAUGCAGAGUUUCAGUUUGGGCAAGUUCUUAUCAAGGGGAAGAUGUUAUUUAUGAGGACUUCAAUGUCAAUGGCCUUUGUCAACAAGAAGUGCGUCCUUUCCGGCCGUAUCCUUUUCCUGUCACCCCUCAAUGUCCUGGCAAGUCCCAUUAGGGAGGCGAAACAUCUCCAAGAUCUGACUCCCAUGGAACUUCAAGAUCUUUUCACUCUUGUUCAAAGAGUCCAAAAGGUUCUGGGUGUUGUUUACUCGACUCAGAGCUUUACUGUCACUGUUCAGGAUGGCCCUCAUGCUGGACAAACUAUACAGCACGUUCAUGUGCACAUUCUGCCGAGAAAGGAAGGGGACCUGGCAAAUAAUGAUGACAUCUAUGACCGUCUCGAAAAGCAUGACAAAGGCCAUGACAUUCAAUGGAGAGAAGAAGAGGAAAUGGUCCAAGAAUGUGAACAUCUUCGAUCAAUUGCUUCCUCCCUUUAUUCCAUCCCUUCAUAA